ACGAACGCAGAAGACCUCUUCGAAGUUCAACGGGGCCUCAAUAACUGCUUUGCACAGGAUCUAGUGCCGUCUGCUUCUGUUGUAGAGGCUGCUAUUAGGGUUGCGAGGCGCGUCAAUGACUAUGCUACCGCUGUUCGGGUCUUUGAGGGAAUCAAGGAGAAGGUGGCGAACAAAGCGCAGUAUCAGGCGUAUGUUGACGAGCUGAGGCCUCUUCGGGAGGAGCUGGGU